AUGCUGGGGGCUGACGACCUGCUGCCUGUCCCCUCUCCCUGGCAGUACAUCAACGGCGGGAACCUGGAGCAGCUGCUGGACAGCCCGGUGCCACUCUCCUGGGCUGUGCGCGUCCGGCUGGCCCUGGACAUCGCCCGCGGCCUGCGCUACCUGCACUCCAAGGGCAUCUUCCACCGUGACCUCACCUCCAAGAACUGCCUGGUGAAGAGUGAGGACAACGGCUACACGGCUGUGGUGGGUGACUUUGGCCUGGCGGAGAAGAUUCCCACCUACAGUGAGGACGCUCAGAAGGAGCCGCUGGCCGUGGUGGGCUCGCCGUACUGGAUGGCCCCGGAGGUGCUGCGUGGGGAGCUGUACAACGAGAAG